CGGUUAGAUGGGGAGGAGGCAAAACUUUCAUGGACUUUUGGGGAAUUGAACCAAAUACACUGUGAAUCUAUUAAAGAUUUUAUGGUUGAUAAAUAUGUGAAAAAGCUUCGUUAUGAAUUGGGUGAUGAGUCUUAUUAUCGAGAAGAAUGA